GUUUGUGUAUGACGUCAGGGAGUUCCACUACAAUAACAAUAUGGCGGGCUCUGUUUAGAUUGUUGCCAAUGUCGUUAUGAAUUUCGUAAGAUAAUAAAAGUUAUCGUAUUUUAUCUUAAUUAAAGUAGCGAGAGUUAAAAUGUGUUAUUUAUAAUAGAUAUGUUAGUGCGUGAUGGGAUAUGGUCUGUGCCGUAAAAGCUUGUAAAAUUUGAUUUGAACUGUGGGAGGCCUAUAAUGGCCGGAACAGAUAUCGAUAUAAAUUCCCUUUUGGCUCAAAAAGAGGCCCAAAUUCGGGAUCAGCGCGAUCAAAUAAUCCGGUUAAAACGCGAAUUAGAUGGGGUCGCUAGCGAGAGGGAUUUGUUGCUCUGCGAGAACAGCAACUUGCGUUUCGAAUUGGAAAUGGUGGAACUAAAACGUCUCCAAGAUGAAAGUUUCCCACCGAAGAUGGACCGUUCGCAAAUCGUGAACUCCAUGGGCUCAACGGAUCACAUACAAGAGCAAACCUACAUACAAGCACCGAGUUUCGUGCAAACCCAAAAUUACCAGGCUCCAGCUCCCAGUCCCAUCUAUUGCAGACCUUCUCCCAAUUCGUCGGGAUACGUGUCUGUGUCCGCACAGCCUUUGCACAAAAAAGGCUCGCUGAGAAACGGGGAUUUUCUCAAAAGAUCACGCGUACAAAACACGAGGUACGAACUAUCGCAAGACAUCCUGGAUAAGCAAAUCGAAGUGUUGGAGCGAAAGUAUGGGGGCGUUAAGGCGAGGAACGCGGCUCUCACCAUCCAGAGAGCCUUUAGGCGGUACACGCUGCUGAAAAAGUUCGCAGCAAUCACGGCGAUGGCGAAGGCGGACAACAAACGCAUGAGCCGAAGAAUUCCGGUGGCCAACCAGGAGGAGUGCAAAAGCAGCCAGGAGCAACAAGAGCAACAGCAAUGUUCGGGCGAGUACAUGCGCAACUUCGAGAACCACGAUUGUACCAGAGUGCUGCCCGUAAGAUCGAUGUCUUUGAGGGAGCGCAGGAACAUCGAUAACAUGCCGAUGCCCAGGAGUCAGUCGGGCACCCCCACAAUAUGCUGGGAGAAUUAUUCGUCGUCUUCUUCGCUGCAGCAUUACUAUUCGGCGCCCGACAACAAGUCCGACUCGAUCAACGCCCAAAUGACGGCUAGUCCUUCGUCGUGCAGCACUCCGACGACCUCGUCGAACGGCUACGUGCGAUCCAGGAACAGCAUUAGCAGCAGAAAAGUGCCGCCGGAAGUGCCGAAGAGAACCUCGAGCAUCUCGUCCAGAUCGAUUGAGCAACGCAUGCAAAAACAAAACGGCUUGAGCCGUAACAACGAGAACGGUUCUUUGUCCAGCGUUCAAAGUUCCGGAAGUGACAGCAGUAUUUCCACUGAUAGAAUACAGGAGUUUUCCGGGUCCCCGGUAUGGAAAAGAAAGGGCAACCACAUGUCCGAGUAUGCGGAACCGAGCUUGGAAACAAGUUUGGGCAAUAUUUCGAAUACGAGUUCUUCGACGUACACGUUAGAGAGACCGCCCGAUCAGCAAGCACCGACGAGCUACAAAAUCUCGGAGACCAUCAGGAAACGCCAGUACAGAGUCGGUUUGAACUUGUUCAAUAAAAAACCGGAAAAAGGUAUCGCCUACUUGAUUAGACGGGGUUUCCUGGAGAACUCCCCUCAAGGCGUGGCGAGAUUUUUGAUUUCCCGCAAAGGCUUGUCCAAGCAAAUGAUCGGCGAGUACUUGGGCAACUUGCAGAACCCUUUUUGCAUGGCUGUUUUGGAAUGUUUCGCAUCCGAACUCGAUUUAUCCGGAAUGCAAGUGGACGGGGCGUUGAGAAAGUUCCAGCAGCACUUUAGGAUGCCAGGGGAAGCCCAGAAAAUCGAGAGGCUCAUGGAGAUUUUCUCGCAGCGAUACUGUCAAUGCAAUGUGGACAUCGUGGCCAGGCUCAGAUCGCCAGAUACGGUGUUCGUGUUGGCUUUUGCCAUCAUCAUGCUGAACACCGACUUGCACACGCCGAACAUAAAGCCGGAGAGAAGGAUGCGCUUGGAGGAUUUCGUCAAAAAUCUGCGAGGAAUCGACGAUUGCCACGACAUCGAUAGCGACAUGUUGAAUGGAAUUUACGAUCGAGUUAAGGCGAACGAGUUCAAACCGGGUUCGGAUCACGUGACGCAAGUGAUGAAGGUGCAGGCGACCAUAGUGGGCAAAAAACCGAACAUGGCGCUGCCGCACAGAAGAUUGGUCUGCUAUUGCCGCUUGUACGAGAUUCCGGACGUGAACAAGAAGGAGAGGCCGGGCGUGCACCAAAGAGAAGUUUUCCUUUUCAACGAUUUGCUGGUCAUUACGAAGAUUUUAAGCAAGAAAAAGUCUUCAGUCACUUAUUCGUUUAGAAAUAGUUAUCCGUUGUGCGGCAUGGUCGUCACUCUAUUCGAGGCAGCGCAUUACCAGUUUGGUAUACAACUAAGUCAGCGUGUAGACCAAAAAAUUCUAGUUACUUUUAACGCGAGGAACGAACACGAUCGUUGCAAGUUCGCCGAAGAUUUGAAGGAAGCCGUAAGCGAGAUGGACGAGAUGGAAAAUUUGAGGAUUGAAAGCGAGCUGGAGAGGCAGAAGUCCAACAGGGGGGGAAACAGGACAGGAACUGAAAAUCGAGAUAGUGGAGUUGCGGAUGUGGAAGUUUGUCCAUGUCAGUGUCCGUACUCGCAGAAUCCGGCAAUGAGCGCUAAUAACGUGUGCAGCGUGGAGGAAGUGCCGCACGACAUAAAGCGCUCGGCGCUAAGCAACUCGUUGCUGGACAUUCACGAACAAUUUGCAGGCGAAAAAGCACAACGUCGAGGUAGUGUGGGAUCCUUGGAUAGCGGUAUGUCAGUUUCGUUCCAAUCGACUUCAGCAAGCACAUGCUCCAGAUCGGAUAAAUUAGCAAAUAAAGUCGCGAAGCCCGGACUUCACAACCACCAAAGUUUCCUUGGUGGCUUGUUCAAUAAAAAACACCAAAGCAAUAUUACAGUUGUUAAGUCCACUGAGGUGUAAAUAUCAACAUUUUCCGGACUAAAUUUGUCCUUAUUACCUACCUACCUACCUAAAUAACUAUUUAAUCAAUUGUUUUUCGAGAAAAAAUUUAAUUGUGCAUGUCCAAAAAUAACCGCUAAUUUUAUAAAAAGCAAUUCGUACUGUUUGUAAGUUAUACACAUAUAUAUAUAGGGCUAAUGUAAACGUAUACCACCACCAAGAUUACCCACUAAGCUAGCCUCGAUAAGCAAAUCACAAAUUUCAAUAGCACAGGGGAACACGAAAAAAGUUCUUUAAUUAUUUAUCGUGUCUUCUUUCCAAGGAAAUGAUUAACCAAUCAUAACACGGCAUUCUCCACCGCACACUAGAUUGAGACAGAGAACGCAUUGCUUUGAUUGGUAAAUCAAUUUCCACAGAAAGCAAUGACAACCAAUCAGAGCACGGCAUUCUUCAACGCACACUACGUGACUAAAUUUUUACUAUUCUCUAUGAUUUUAGACGUAUGGCAACGAAAUAUAAAAUCUUUGAAAGUUUGUCGUCACUAAAUGCAUUUUUAAGGUUAAAAUUAAUAAUUAAACGAAAAUUAACCUUAAUAAUGCAAUUUAUUAAUUAAAUGUAAUAAUAAGUAAAUAAAAUCCAACUCUUAAACGCCUUUACCAAUCUUCAUAAAAUUUUGAAUAAAAAUACUUAAACCUCAGUUUACGUGUUCAAGGGUUUUUCGAGAAAAUAUCCUUAAAGCCAUUUUGUCUAAUUAUAAAAAACGCUCGAAAAAAUCUUUUAUAGGAAAUAAAUAUGCUGUGAAAGUAUUUUUUUUAGUAUACCCUGAAAAUUUACAAAUCAAACGAACAGUAACGAAAAUACAGCGCUUCAAGGAAAAUAAUCAAAAAGGGGUCAUUUUUACCGACUUUGAAGAGCUGUAUCUUCGUUACUGUUUUUGUACAAAAUGUUCAGGGUAUACUAACAAACAUACGGUCUUUCACAGCAUAUUUUUUAUUUACUUAACAAAAAUUCCCUAAAACUUAUUUUUCUAAUGUUUUUUUUAAUAUCAAAUAAAAGGGCUUUAAAAAUAAUUUCUC